AUCAGCUCUGUAUUCAGGUUUUCCUUUGAGACAGCUCAUGAAUUUGAACGUUUAUUCACAUUUUUGAUAUUUUAUAAAUUUUGAUAUUAACAGAAGUCAUAACAAGGACUAAAUUAUAUUCACACAAUCAACUUUUUGAUUGAUCUACAACAGCCAUGUUGUUGGCAGGAGCUGGAUGUUUGUUUCUGGGUUUCAUUCUGUGUCUGUCAGGUGUUCAGGGAAAACCAAACAGCAUCUGUGCCUUGAAAGGUUCAUCAGUGAAUCUGCCCUGCUCAGAUCAACAUCCCACUGCAAGAAAUAGCUGGUACACUGGACACGAUACUGUCUCCAAGAUAAUGUUCUCAGUAGAGGAAACACAUGUAAAGUACAGCAUGUCAGCAGAGAGUAAUUUCACUCUAACAAUCAAUAAUCUGACAGAGAGAGAUGCAAAUUUUUACUGCUGCAUUAAAACUGCUGACAGAUCAAAGUGCCAACAAAGUGGAAUUCAUCUCCAAGUUACAGAGCUGCAGGUAAAGGUGAUUCCUGCCACAGAGGGACAGACAGUAACACUGAUGUGCAGCAGCAGUUGUCCUCUGACUGAAAAGCCUGCAGCCUACAUCUGGUACAAGAACAGAGAGUUUCUCUAUGAGGACUGGUCUCCCUGGUACCAAGAGCUGCUCAGCAGUGAGGAAGCAGUCACAUACUCCUGUGCUGUCAAAGGCUACGAGGAUCUCAGAGCCCCUGAAGUCUCUGUGGGUUCCAUCACAGAGACCUGCUUCAGUGUGACCUAUGCUAAAGGGAGAAUGUGUUCUUCUCAGCAGACAUCAGUGGACGAGUCCUGCUCCAUCACAUAUCCCAGAGAAAUUCAUGUCCAGAGGACUCCUGCUGAACACAGAGGUAACAUCAGACUGACCUGUAACAGCAGCUGUUUUCUGACUGACCCUCUGAUUUCCUUUGUGUGGUAUGAGAACAGAAAGCCAACACUGAAUGAGGGAAAACAGAUUCAGUUUUCCAGCUCUCAUCCAGAUGGUUUGUCUUGUGCUGUGAAAGGUCUUGAGGAUAUGCGCUCUGCUGACAUCUGUGUUAGUGAUUCCUGCUGGAUGUUGAAUUAUGCCCACAGCAGAAUCUGUGCUCUGGAAGAAUCUUCAGUCAACAUCUCCAGUAAAUACUCACAUCCUGACUACGAGCAGAUACAGUCUAAAUGUUGGUAUAAAGUCAAGAGAAAUGCUGAGGAGGACGUCAGGAGGAACCUGACUGAGGAUGCAGAUCAUGUGGAGUAUGAUGACAGCAUGAAGAACCAACACAUCCUCAGAUUAAAGAAGCUGAAGAGAGAUGACUCAGCAGAAUACAGGUUCACCAUCACAACAGAAAAUGAAGAAGUGAAACAGUUGGAUUUUCCUGGAGUUACUCUGAUUGUCACAGAGCUGAGAGUGAAGAUGAGUCCUUCUGCAGUGGUGACAGAGGGUCAGAGAGUCACACUGACCUGCAGUACCAGCUGUCCUCUGACUGACAACACAAACUACAUUUGGUACUUGAACAGUCGACCUCUGACCCCAAGACAGAGCCAGAACAAACAUCUGAUCCUUGACCCAGUCAGCAGGGAGGAUGCAGGAAGCUACUCCUGUGCUGUGAAAAGCAACAAAGAUAUCAGCUCUGCUCCAAAGACUCUCACUGUCCAAAGUAUCACAGGAACAUGGACACCAGCAGCUGCAGGAGUUUCUGCAGCUCUGCUGGUUUUAAUACUUCUCACUGUCUUCUGUUUGAUCAGAAAAAAGAGGUCAAGAAAUGAAACAAUGGAGAACUCCACGUAUGAAAGCUUCUCAGCUCAAGAGGAACCUGACUACAGUGAAAUCUGCUUGUCCAAGAAUAAAUCAGAGACUCCCUACUCCACUAUUCAGCCAUUUCAACCACAAGAGCAGGACCAUCACCCCUAUGAUGUUGUGGACUUGAGAAACAAGACUGCUCCCGAGCUCUGGACACCUAGAAACUUUACAACACAUCAACCUAAAGAAGAUAAAAUAUAACAACACAUCUGGCUGUACAGGACUUGAAUGAAUUUGUUGAGAUGUUGGCUUUUUUUUGAUGAGUAUUUACGUGUUGUGGGUGCUCUUGACAGCAUUAAUGGAUACGCUUAUAGGAAUUGAAACUAAGUGACUAGGAAGGCUUAGCAGCUCUUGAUCUUGAGAUGCUCGCUCUCAGGCUCUGCACACACCAAAUAAGAGGAAGCCUCAAAACCAGUGCUUUUUGUAUAGUGUGUAAUUAAAAGCACUAGUCUUUCACACAUUACAAAAUCUCAGUUAAGUCUUGGAAUUUUCCACUGAAUACAUAACACAUUUGAACCGUUUCCCAAAAAUGUGCCAUCUUAGGAGUUAUUACUUUUUAGUAUCAAACUGGGAGUCUUAUUUAACCUAUUAUAACUAUCAUCUACUGUUUUAAUCAAAACUGUUGACUAGCAGGUUUGCAACUCAGAGAUGUUUUGCCAGGUUAUGUUUAUGUUAUGCAAGCAAGUUACUCUUGUAGACUUUUGGCCAUUGCAGAGACACUACAGAAGAGAGAGACUGGUUACUCCAAGACUGCAGAGUUGACAACAGGAUAAGAGGUCAUAGAAACACAACUUCCAGGUGGGGGAAAGAGGUGUCCAACUCCAGUCCUCG